AUGCAGGUGCUGGGGGCCAACGACGGGCUGGUGUCUGUGGCGUCCCUCAUGAUGGGCAUCGGCGGCGCCAACGAUGACCUUGAGGCCAUGAAGCUGGCCGGCCUGGCUGGCCUGGUGGGCGGCGCCCUGAGUAUGGCUUGCGGCGAGUACAUCAGCGUCAGCAGCCAGAAGGACGCAGAGCAGGCCGACAUCCAGAAGGAGAUUCAGGAGCAGCAGAAGGGGCCAGAGGCGCGGGCCCGCGAAUUUGAGGAGCUUGUGGGCGUCUACAUGUCGCGCGGCAUAUCUGAGGGGCUGGCCCGCCAGGUGGCCCAGGAGCUGACGGACGGUGACGUCAUCAGGGCCCACGCGCGGGACGAGCUCGGCAUCGACAUCGAUGACCUGGCAAACCCCCUGCAGGCGAGCGUGGCGAGCGCGAUUGCGUUUUCACUGGGGGCCGGCAUCCCCCUCCUCACAGGCGCCUUCAUCCCCGACGCGUUCACGCGCCUGCUGGCGGUGGGUGGCGCCGCCACCCUGGGGCUGAUCCUGUUUGGCGGCAGCGGCGCGUGGCUGGGCGGCGCGUCCGUCCCCAAGGGCGCGCUGCGGGUGCUGCUCGGCGGCUGGCUCGCCAUGGCGCUCACCUACGGCAUAGGCAAGCUCGUUGGCGGAGAGGUGCCCGUUUAG